AUGGACGACAAAAAGGGCGGAUUAUUACCGGACCAGGGUGAACGGACACCCAGGUCCCGGCAGUUCGGGGGUCAAGACCCUGCCCCCGUUCGGUCGUUAUCCAGCGAAGGGUUGGCUGUCUCGUGCGCUGCAGGCGAGGCAGUCUCUAUGGCUACUGCAAGCUCCCUGGGGGAAAUUCCGUCUAUAGAUCUAGACGAGUAUUUGGGCGAUGAUACGCCGACGGCACGGUCUCCGCGUGGGGAAUCACCAGCGGUGACUUUUACGGAAGAGUAUCAACUCCCGAGCAAGGAGAGGGCGUCGACCAGCAGACGCCAAACGCAGAGGGGCGCCGGGAGCCAGUCGGGGGGAAGCGGUGUUAGUAGCCGCCCCGGCCCGAAAUUUACCAAGACUGGCCCGCUGCCGACAAAACCCGGCAAAAAGAUGUCCUCCCCACUUUCAUCCAAGGGGGGGAGAAAGAGUAAACCGGUCCGUGGGACCAUGAAGAGGCGCCGACAAGCGGAUCCUGAGGAGGAGUCGGAGGACUCCUUGGGAUCCGACAUGGAUGUUCCGGGGGAGGAAUAUCGAGAUCUGCCGCCGCAGAACAUCGCGGCGAGGAUGGGGGCACGCCUUGAUGAGCUUUACCGUCUCCAAAAGAUUAGCAAAAAUCUGAAGGGGACGGUGAANCGAAACAUCAAGACGUGCAUCGUGGAGUUGCGGGCUCAACGAGAUGCCCUGGUGGACUGUGUCCUGGAUUGGGGGGACGAAACGGCCCUCCGUUUAAAGGCACAGGUCGCCGAGAGGGAGCGAGAUGACCUCCUCCGGGAGAGAGCAACUAUCUCUGCGGAACUUGAGGCACUGAGGUCGGAGAUCAAUGACCUCAAGGUGGAGAAUGUCAAUCUUCUCGUCAGUGUCUUAAGGUUGGAGGCGGACAUUGGUCGGGCAGCUGUUUCCCGAGAAAUGGCGACGGUUUCCGUUCAGACGGAUGUUGCCCUGACGCGGGAGCAACUGGAGAAGGAGGCCGAGAGGAAAAAACCAACUAUCCUGUCGGUGGAAGCAGUUCCGGCGGGGAGCAAGUCUUUACUGCCCGGAAUCGUUCCUCCCCCUGCGAGUCGUAAGGAGAGGAAGAAAAGGGAGGCUCCGGGUCCGCCGGAUAUGGCCGUACCGGCCAAAAUAGCAUGGGACGAAGACCAGCCCAAGGAUGAAUUUAGCCGCCGGCUGCAGGAGCUCACAAAAAGUGUGGCUUUAUUGCAGGAGCAGUUGGCGGCAGUAGUAAGGGGGGGCCCUCCUCAUAGGGGGACUCCACCCACACAAACGGGGAGGAAAGACCCACCCCCGGCCCCCCGACAGCAUAGCCCCGUAAGAUCUGCUAUGCCGGGGGGUGGAGAAGAGUUUCCACCCUUCACAUGGGUGGAGGUAGUGCGUCGCGGUAGGCGCAAGGGCAAAGCCUCGGUGGAAGGACCGACGAAGGUUGGCGUCCCGGGUGCUUCGGCAGGGGUAGGUGGGGGGAGGGGGUCUCCUCCUCCUCCUCCUCCCCGGGCGGCACCGAGACAGNCAAUGCGGCAGCGCCAACAGCCGCAGCGGCUAACACCGCCGCAGCAGCAACAACAACAACGGAGGCAACCGCAGNGGGUGAAACCUCCGAGAAGGAGGCCACCGAGGACGGCAGCAGUUGCCAUUAGGUGCAUUCCCGGCAAGGACAGCAGCCGGGAGUAUGCGGACGCCAUUCGUUUGGCGAGGGAGCAGGUGUCCCUAACGAAGAUAGGGAUUGGGGACAUCCGCGUCCGUAAGGAUAUGGGGGGAGGCCUCCUUCUGGAAAUUCCAGGGGAAGGAGGCAGUGAGAAGGCGGACCGCUUAGCAGAGGCGUUGUCGCCGGUCCUCUCUGGCAGGGCGGUGGUGUCCCGCCCUAUGCGCAGGGGUGAAGUCCGGUUAACGGGGCUACAUGCCUCCGUUAACCAGGACGACAUCAUUGCGGCAAUGACGACGGGGGAGUUUGGGCCCUGCAGGGGAAGCGACAUUUCCGUGGGGCCUAUUGCCGAGGGCCGAAACCGUAUGGGCUCGGCCUGGAUAAGGUGCCCGGAGGCGGUGGCCAUUAAAUUGGCUGCUGUGGGGCGACUUCGGGUUGGCUGGUCCAGCGCCCGAGUCGUCCCACUUGAAGUGCGCCGACUCCAGUGCUAUAGAUGCCUGGAGUUCGGCCACGUACGGCAGUCCUGCCGUAACGAGAAGGACCGCACCCGCACCUGUUUCUGGUGCGGGAAGGAGGCUGAUCACACGGCGCGCACCUGCACGGCUCCUGUGCGGUGCGUGCUGUGUGACAGCAGAGGCCUGUCCACCGGACACAGGAUGGGAGGCCCAUCCUGCCCUUCACGCCUGAAGGGCAGAAAUGACAUUGGUAUGGUCAUGGGCAUUGGCAUUGGCAUGGGCAUGGGCAUGGGCAUGGGCACAGGCACAGGCAUAGGCAUGGUCGUCUGUGCGUAUUGUGGCAUGGUCGGCACUGAAUAA